AUGGAGCAGAAGCCAAUCAAGCUCGUGAGGAACGAGGACUACAUCCGCAGCGGUCGCAAGUCGCUCGGUCACCUCGUCCGCAAGUACGGCGAGAAGUUCAUCGACAAGUUCAAGCCGGGAACCCACAAGAAUAACUCGCACACCAUUUCAAAGAUGAUGACCCACAAGGAUGCGUCCGGCAAACUCGGCGAAGUCGACGCAGAAGACGUACAGCAAGAUUCUGAGUACUUAGCACAGAUCGCCGUGGGCACGCCGCCGCAGCACUGCAAUGUCAACUUCGACUCCGGAUCUUCGGACCUCUGGCUCUGGUCGACCUUGUUGGACAAGGCCGUUGUGAAGAAGGGCGUCGCAACAGGCCAUGCCAUCAAAUACGGCGACGGCUCCAACGCCGAGGGAACGGUCGGCACCGACGAAGUGAGCAUCGGAGGCAUCAAGCUGCACAACCAAGGCGUGGAGCUGGCCAAGGAGUUGUCGCCGCAAUUCCAGCAGUCGAAAGGAGAUGGUCUCUGUGGACUGGCAUUCGGCGCCAUCAACACAGUCAAACCUAUGCCGGUCAAGACGCCCGUGGAGAACAUGAUCGGACAAUCCGAUAUCCAGCCUGGAAGCGAGCUCUUCACCGCAUACUUGACCAACAGCAAAGACCACACAACUCCUUGCUACACAUUUGGUUACAUUGACAGCUACCUCCGUGGUGAGGGCCAGAUCCAUUAUGCUCCGGUCGACAGCUCUCAGGGCUUCUGGAGUGUCCCGUCAACUUCUGCUCGCGUCAAUGAUCUCGAGCUCGCCCUGGUCGGCGGCUCAGCCAUCAUGGAUACCGGCACAACGCUGUGUUUGAUCGACGACAACACCUGCAAGGCCAUCUACGAAGCCAUUCCGAAUUCGCGUUACGAUUCCAGCCAAGGCGGCUACCUCUUCCCUACGUCGCACUCCCUCGACAAGAUCCCCGUGGUCAAGUUUGCCAUCGGCAACGACCUCUUCACCAUCCACAAGCAAGACAUCGCCUUCGCCGAUGCUGGCAACGGCAUGACCUACGGCGGCAUCCAGUCCCGUGGCAACCUCAGCUUCUCCAUCUACGGCUGCUCGGUGCUGAAGGGCAUGUACGCCAUUUUCGACCAGGGCAAGCAGAGGUUCGGCUGGGUGCAGAAGGACGACAAGUCGACUUCGAUGGAGAAUGAGGCGACGGGCCAGAAGAAGACUGUGCCAGCUGCGACUGCGACUGCUCCUCAUCCGGCGGCGGGUCAGCACAAGCAUUACGAGGUGGAGAUGCCUCAUUAUGUUGGAAUUUGA